UAUAGACACACAUCCCUCUUUCUUCCACGAAAGGAGUUAAGGAGGUGCAAAUGCAAUUAUGAAUAACACAAGAACUCAAAUCAUUUCCCACAUAAAAAACAUCUCCAACUCCCAAAUAAGGACCAAUAAUAUCAUUUGUUUUUUAAAAAGGUUGUCAAAAUUCAGACAACAUUGAAUCAAUCAAUCAAUCAAAAACCGCGUUUUUCCCCCUCUCUCCUCAAACACCUACACUCCCUUUUCUCCACCUCCUUCACUUCAUUAAUGGCGAUCAUAUUCAUCCGCCAUUAAAACUCCACCCCAUUUUCUCUCUCCUCCAACAAAAAUUUCAUGGGUUUUCAUCAUCAUCGCACCUCAUCCAACGAUGGGGUCCCACAAAUCGUUAACAGCCCACGCAUCUCAAGCUCCAUGACUCGGCGCGCUCCUUCGUUCAAACGCAGCAACAACAAUAACGCAGCAACUAACGAUACUUCUACUUCUGCAAGCACAACUCCUAACAGCAGCAACAAUAACAAUAACAAUGGCGGAAAUUCUCUCUCCACCCACCAUGAGAUUGACCUAAUUCUGAACUCACCCAGAUCUGAUUUUGAUGCUAAUCCACUUUCUACAGAUGGGUUUGAUUCUUUUGUUGAAAAGAAGCCGACCCAGAAUCAUUUUGGGUUGCUUAAUCAUAGGAUUAAGAAGCAUUCUUCAACUGUUCUUGGAUCUGCUACUGUUGGGAGUGUUGUUGAGCUUGGUUACAGAGAAAGGAAGAGAUUGGGUCAAUGGAUGUUCUUUUUGUUUUGUGGGAUUUGUUUGUUUUUGGGUGUUUUUAAGAUUCUUGAAGGUGGGUUGUUUGGAUCUUCCUUUGAUACUGCUCAAUCUAGUCAUGAGGUUCAUUCUGGUACCCAAUUGUACCAUUAUCAAUCGGAUCUACGAGUUCCUGAUUAUGCAUAUAAAGAGGGAGUAGAUGUUAGGGGGGAAGGCGGUGAUAUUGAGCGGACUUUGAUGAUGGUGGCCUCUGGUGUAGUGGGUAAUGACAACAGUGUGAGUAAAUAUUCAGAUAUAUGGUCUAGACCUAGCAGCGGUAACUUCAGCCAGUGCAUCGAUCUGCCAAAGAGGCAUAAAAAGCUGGAUGAAAACACAAAUGGUUAUAUUCUCAUAAAUGCUAAUGGUGGAUUAAAUCAGAUGAGAUUUGGGAUCUGCGAUAUGGUUGCUGUUGCUAAAAUAAUGAAGGCUACUCUUGUUCUUCCUGCUCUAGAUCACACUUCUUACUGGGCUGAUGAAAGUGGCUUCAAAGACUUGUUUGAUUGGCAGCACUUCAUGGAGACAUUAAAGGAUGACAUUCAUAUAGUUGAAUCAUUACCACAAGAAUAUGCAGAUAUUCAGCCUUUUCCAAAGACACUCAUAUCUUGGUCCAAGGUUAGCUAUUAUAAAUUAGAAGUUCUCCCACUUCUGAAGCAGCACAAGGUGAUAUACUUCACACAUACUGAUUCCCGGAUUGCUAACAACGGUCUCCCCAACACCACUCAAAAGCUGAGGUGUCGAGUCAAUUACAGGGCAUUGAAGUACUCAUCCCCCAUUGAAGAACUUGGUAAGACCUUGGUUGCAAGAAUGAGACAAAAUGAGGGGCCUUAUCUUGCUCUCCAUCUUAGGUAUGAGAAGGAUAUGCUUGCUUUUACCGGCUGCAGUCAUAAUUUGACCGCAGAAGAAGAUGAAGAGCUCCGUAAAAUGCGGUAUGAGGUCAGUCAUUGGAAGGAGAAGGAAAUUGAUGGUACAGAGCGGAGGACACUUGGUGGCUGCCCAUUAACCCCAAGGGAGACUUCCUUACUUCUGAAAGGAUUGGGUUUCCCAUCCAACACAAGGAUCUAUUUGGUUGCUGGUGAAGCUUAUGGAAAUGGAAGUAUGCGAUACCUCACAGACGACUUUCCUAAUAUCUUCUCACAUUCAACUCUUGCUACAGAAGAGGAGUUAGAACCUUUCACAAACCAUCAGAACAUGUUGGCUGGUAUAGACUAUGCUGUUGCCCUCCAGAGUGAUGUAUUUGUCUACACCUACGAUGGAAAUAUGGCAAAGGCAGUAAAAGGUCAUCGACGAUUUGAUGGGUUUAAGAAAACCAUCAGCCCAGACAGGAUGAAUUUGGUGAAGCUUAUUGAUGAAUAUGAUGAAGGAAAGAUCACUUGGAAGAAGUUCAGUUCUAAAGUGCAGAAACUGCAUAAAGAUCGUUUAGGUGGUCCAUAUUACAGAGAAGCAGGAGAGUUCCCCAAGUUGGAGGAAAGUUUCUAUGCAAAUCCACUUCCGGGAUGUAUAUGCGAAACGGUGAAGAAAUAGUCAACCGACGAAAUGCUUGUUUGAGAUGAGUGCGCAAUAUGAGAUAAAGCAUUCGAAGAUUGCUAGUUUCUCUGAGCACCAUAUUUGGGAAAGUUGCUGUUUUCUGAGUUUCUAAAAGGUGGAAUACCCAAGUUUGUGGAUAUAGAACUCACUUGAAAGUUAUGCUGGGUAACAGUAUGAGAAUGUAGGAGAUUGUGAUGAUGGACGUGGGAUAUGGUGGGUGGCAACUUCAGAUCGAUUAUAAUCAUUCUUUGAGGGCUUUAUGGAGAAAGAAAAUUUCUCUGUAAGCAUAAUUUUGGCUUUUUCCUAGUGUAACUUUUUUUUGUUUUGGAAAAAAAAUUAUAGGAAACUUAUAGUGGGUGCUUUUAUUCACACAAAGAAAUAAAUUUUGAAGCUAUUACAUCCAA